AUGACAAUGGCAAACAACAAAACACAAUGUUUUAUCUGUAAUAAAAAUAAAAUAACAUAUCCUUGCGAAGGAUGUUCACAAAGAUUUUGUUUAAUGGAUUUAACAGAACAUCGUCAAAUAUUAAAUAAUCAAUUGCAUCAUAUCACCAACGAAUAUAAUGAAUUUAAACAAACAAUUAAUGAACAAAAACAAAAUCCACAAAAUCAUUCAUUAAUCAAAAAAAUUAAUCAAUGGGAAAUAAAUUCAAUUGAAAUAAUUCAACAAAAAGCACAAGAAUAUCGACAAAUGCUCAUUAAAUCAUCACAAACAUGUCUUAAUGAUAUUGAAAUGAAAUUUAAAGACUUGAAUGAACAUAUAAAACAACUUCACAGUGAAAAUGAAUUUAAUGAAAUUAAUUUAAACUAUUUAAGAAAACAAUUGAUGAAAAUUACUCAAGAAUUAAAUAAUCCGUCGAAUAUUUCUGUUCAACAAAGUCCUCAACCGUUCAUUAAUGAUAUUUCAAUCAUUUUAUCGAGAAAACCAACAUUCAAUAAAUGGAAACAAAAUGCCAUCACUGUGACUGGUGGAAAUGGAGAAGGAAAAGAAUUAAAUCAACUCAAUCGUCCUACAGGAAUCUUUAUUAAUAAAAAGAAAGAUAUUAUCAUUACUGAUUGCUAUAAUCAUCGUGUUGUUGAAUGGAAAUAUAAUGCAAAAGAAGGACAAAUCAUUGCAGGUAGAGAUGGGCAGAGAAAUCGAAUGGAUCAGUUGAAUUAUCCAGCAGAUUUGAUUGUUGAUCAACAAAGUCAUUCGAUCAUUGUUGCUGAUUGUAAGAACAGACGAGUGAUUCAAUGGUUGAAUCAAAAUCAACAAAUUCUCAUUAAGAAUAUUGGCUGUUUUGGUUUGGCAAUAGAUGAAAGUGGAUUUCUUUAUGUUUCUGAUAUUGCGAAGAAUGAAGUGAGACGAUGGAAAAUGGGUGAAUACAACAACGAAGGAAUUAUAGUGGCAGGUGGAAAUGGGCAAGGAAAUCAACUCAAUCAACUCGAUUGUCCUACUUUUAUCUUUGUUGAUGCAGAUCAAUCUGUUUAUGUAUCAGAUAGAGACAAUAAUCGUGUGAUGAAAUGGAGAAAAGAUGCAAAAGAAGGAACAAUUGUGGCUGGAGGAAAUGGUGAAGGAAGAAAUCGGAAUCAACUGUAUCAUCCUCAAGGAAUAAUAGUUGGUGAUUUGGGUCGAAUCUAUGUGGCAGAUUAUCUUAAUCAUCGAAUAGUGCGUUGGUAUGAAGGAAAAGAAGAAGGUGAAAUUGUUGUUGGUGGAAAUGGUGAAGGAAAUGAACCAAAUCAAUUGAGUCGUCCCAAUAGUUUAUCUUUUGAUGAUGAAGGAAAUCUUUAUGUUGCUGAUGGUUGGAAUCAUCGAAUUCAAAAAUUUGAAAUGAUUUUGUGA